AUGACUGUUCAGCCCUCGGAAAAAGGACCUAUCCCAGUCACAUGCUUUACUGGCUUUCUUGGAGCUGGAAAGACGACGACUAUCUUGUCUCUGCUGCAGCAGCUCCCCAAGGACUAUAAAGUCGUGCUCCUCAAGAACGAAUAUGGCGAUGUCGAAGUCGAUUCGAUUCUUGCUUCUCAAUCCAACAUCACCGGUGUCUCCGAGAUCCUCAACGGCUGCCUCUGCUGCACCUCCGUCGGGCUCAUUUCCAAUGCCCUCCUUGAAAUACAAUCCACCCUAAAGCCCGACCGUAUCAUCAUCGAAUCCUCCGGAUCUGCCUUCCCUGCCACCCUUGCUUUGCAGAUCAAGGACCUGGAGCCCCAGGGGUUCAAGCUGGAUGGAGUGGUGACGGUAGUGGACUGUGUCAACUUUGGGGGAUAUGAAGAUUCCUCGCCUAGUGCGAAACUGCAAGCCAAGUACACCGAUCUCUUGCUGUUGAACAAGCAUCAGAUUCCCAACGAGCGUGAAUACGACGUGCUCCUAGACAGGCUGAACGACCUCAACGACGAGACGCCCAAGAUCAAGAUCGGCCCCGCCCCUUUAAAUCCGCCCAAGCCAGAGCUCAUAUUCGGUCUCGACAGCAAGCUGUGGGAUGCCACGGGCAAAGAGAGGAAGGAUUGGGGAGUGAUCGGGGAGGAGGGGAAAUGGCAUGGGGACGAGGUGGAGGUGAAAGGGGUGUAUAAGGGGAAAAGGCCAGUGAAGCAUGACCAUGCGCAUGGGGAGGCUUGUAGGACUUGUGAGAAAGGAGAGCAAGAAGUGGACACGGUGGGUGAAGUUGAACCGCUCGAGAGGGAGACACUCGAGAAGGAGCUUGCAAAGCUCUCUUUCGAGAUAUAUAGAGUGAAGGGGCUCGUCCGUUUGACAUCACCUACCAAGCCAUACGAGACCCACAUCCUCAACUACGCCUUUUCCAACUUUACUCUUACCCCUGUGCCUUCGCUCGACGAGGACGAGAAUCUCAAGGGUGUGAGUCUGAGACUGACAGUGAUGGGCGAAAGAGGCGAGGUUGCGAGGAGAGCGAGGAGGUUUGCGGAGGCGCUUGGCGCCGGAGUCGAGUAG